GCUGAGAUGGCUGCUCGUGCCCAUGACGUGGCGGCAUUGGCUUUUAAAGGGAAGCUUGCCUGCCUCAACUUUGCUGACUCCGGUUGGAGGCUGCCGGUGGCGGCAUCCAUGGACUCCAUGGAUAUCCAGAGGGCAGCUGCGGAGGCCGCUGAAGGGUUCAGGCCAGUGGAGUUCGGUGGAGUUUCCAGCGACAGCAGUGAUGAGAAGGAGAGAACGGUUGUGGUGGAAGAGAAGAAGAAGAAGCAGGCUAUUGUAGAUAUGGGAAAAAGCUGCAGCAGAUUAAACUUGUUUUAUUCGGAUGAGGAGGAAAUGUUUGAUAUGCCAAGGUUGAUUGACGACAUGGCUGAAGGGCUUCUUCUUUCUCCACCCCAAUGCUUAGCUGGCUACUUGAAUUGGGAUGACAUGGAAACUGAAUCUGAUCCCAAGUUGUGGAGUUUCUCUAUCUGAUUGAUGUUUUUGUUUUAGUCAAUCUGUCUCUAGGGUUUAGUGUGUCUUUUGUUCGAUUCAUAUGUAUUUAUUUGUUCAUGAGUGAGUCGAACAUGAAGAUUUUUAUUUUUGGAAAUAUUUGUGUGUUUAGACCAUGGUACUGUGCUUUGUCUAGUUUCUAGAUAUAGAUAUUUUGGGUGUGUUAUAGAUAUUUUUGGUAUGAAAGAUAUUUAGGUGUGCAAAAGUUUACCUAAUUUGGAAUUAUUGAAUAUAAAAAGAAAGCAUCUAAUGUUUGAU